AAACACGUCAGUCAAUAGGAAAGAAGAAAAAAUAAAAUGUCAAAACAAUAUGUGUGAUGUGUUUUUCUUUGAGCUUUGCAAAAUUAUUUCAAUACUUUAAAUUACUUAUUCUUAUUUUUUACAAUGGGGACAUCAGGCCAGUCUAUCACACUGGCCAAUAGUAUUAUUGGCGUGGGCAUUUUAGCCAUGCCAUUCUGUUAUCAGCAAUGUGGAGUUUUGUUGGCAACUCUUAUUCUUCUGUUCAUGGGGCUUGUUUCAAGAUUAUGCUGUUAUUUCCUAUUGAAAUCAGCUCUACUAGCUAGGAGAAGAAAUUUUGAAUUUUUGGCAUUUCAUGUUUUUGGACCGGCUGGGAAAUUGGCAGUGGAGAUUGGGAUAAUAGGAUUCCUGAUGGGCACGUGUAUAGCAUACUUUGUGGUGGUCGGGGAUCUCGGGCCACAGAUUAUUGCUAAGCUCUUCAACAUCAACCAAAGUGAUAUUCUGAGGACAUCAAUAAUGGUGCUAGUAUCAUUGCUGUGCGUGUUGCCCCUUGGUCUCCUGCGGAACGUGGACAGUCUCAGCAAUGUCAGCGCGGCGACAAUUGGAUUCUAUUUUUGUCUUGUUAUGAAGGUGAUAGCGGAGGCUGCCUCCCAGUUGUGGUCCGGAGAAUGGCAAGUCCACAUGGAGCUGUGGAAGCCAUCGGGCGUGCUGCAAUGCGUGCCCAUAUUCUCUAUGGCUCUGUUCUGUCAAACACAGCUGUUUGAAAUCUUCGAGUCGCUUCCCACUCUCUCUUUAGAAAAAAUGAAUUUAGUAACAAAGAACGCCAUUAACAUCUGCACAGGCGUGUAUUUCACUCUCGGCGUGUUCGGCUACAUCGCGUUUUGUUCACAGCAGAUCUCAGGCAACAUCCUAAUGAGUCUGAGUCCGACGAUGGCCAGUGACGUCAUCAAGCUGGGGUUCGUGAUGUCGGUCGCGUUCAGUUUCCCCCUCAUCAUAUUCCCGUGCCGCGCCAGUUUAUACUCGCUGCUUUAUAAAAAGGUGCACUCCUCCCACCACGACCAUAUAAUCAAUCACUCGAUCCCGGAGAGCUCAUUCCGGAUCAUCACAAUUUCCAUCAUCGCUGUGACUCUUUUCAUCAGCCUUCUGAUACCGAAUAUUGAGUUGGUACUUGGUUUGGUUGGCUCUACUAUUGGAGUCAUGAUCUGCAUAGUGUUUCCAGCAGCCUGUUUCAUUAACGUAACCUUCAAGAAUACUAAUGAAAGAGUCUUGGCUAAGGGUAUUCUUGUACUUGGUCUUAUAAUAAUGGUGCUCGGCACUUACGCAAACUUGCAAGCGGCGGAGACUCAAAUAGACAAAUACGACGAGAGGUACAUCACUCCGGAAAAGAUCGACAAAAUUGUGGAAGAGUUCUUUGAAAAGAUGGACCAAUCUGAUGAUGGAAUAUUAGUAAAGCCAAUUGAUAAAAACGAUGUGAAAGUGGAUGAAGAUAUAAAAGAUUCCAUGGCUCUACCUCCCAAUCCUGUUCCGCCGGAUUCAAAUGAAAAGCUAACAAAAUCUCAGGAAUCUAUACGUGAAAAGUUGAUUGACGAUCCCAUAAAAGACAAGGUUUCAGAAACGCAUCCAAAAAAUUUGAAGAAAAAUAACGAUGUCAAUCUGAAGAACGGUGACAGUAAUAAAAUAAAGAUUAAUGGGGAAAGUGAUAAAAUUGAUGUCAUCAAACCCUUGGAGGAGAAGCAAGUAAAUGAAGAUAAAAAAGAAAUUGAGAAGAAACAACAGAAACUAAUUGAGACGAUAAAGCAACAUGGCGAAGAACAAAAAGAAUUACUCAAAGAACAGAAAGUGAUAUUGGAUGAAAUUUUGAAGGCAAAGAAAGACAUGGCACUGAAAAAUGAGGCAGAAAAAAAUAUUGAAGCUAAAAAAAUUGCUGUAGAAAGUAUUAAAAAGAUUGCAGACGUGGCUUUACAAAGAUUAGCAGGAGUUUCUGAAAAGCCAGCAGAAGAUAAGAAAGAUAAUGUCGGAAAGUUCGCAGACGAGGCCGUUCAAGAAAUUGCCAAAAAAGCGGUAGAAACGAUUCAGGCUAUCAAAGAAAUAAAUGAGAAGACUGAAAUUAAAGCUGAAGAAAAGGCGGUCCCUAUUCAAAACAUUAUGCCAAUACCUUCACAAAAUGUUCAACAACUUGCGCAAAAUGUCCCAAAGAAUGUACCUCCACCCAUUCCAAAUAAUUUACAACCCAUCCAGAAUAUUCCACAAGCUAUCAACAAUGCACCACAAGUCUUACAAAAUUCGCAAUCUAAUCAAAACAUGCAGCAGCCAGCUGAAUUUGUACAGUCUGUCCAAAGUGUAAACCAACCCGCCCAAAAUAUACCUCCUAAUGAAAACGUACCUCAAUCUUCUGUAAACGCACAACAGCCCGCCCAAAACGUUCAACCGGUCGUACAAAAAGUUCAGCAACAAGCACAAGGAAUACCACAACCUCCCGAAUCUAAUGCACAGCAAACUUGGAAAGAUAAUGUUCCAGCAAAUGAUCAAAAAAAUAUUCCUCAACCUUCCUCUAACGCUCAACAACCUACCAAAGAUGUUCACCCAAAUGCUCAACAGCAACAGGCCCAAAACUUACUCCUUCCGCUCGAACACUCGCAACAGCCCGCCAAUAAUGUACAAUCACAUCAAAAUUUGCAACAGUCUGCCCAACAAAAAUUACCUCUGACAGGUGAAAAUAUAAAACAAUCAGUUCAUCAAUCAGAACCGCAAGUUGUUCAAAACGCACCUGUUAACAAUUUACCACAGACUGCCCAAAAUAAUAAAGUGCAAAACGCACCCAUGCCAGUACCAAAUAAUCAAAACCAACCAGUCCAAAACGUGCAACAACCAAUCCAGAAUGUGCAGCCCUCACAAAAUGGUCAACAACCAUUGCAAUCAGAUCAAAAUGUACAGAUGCCAGCUAAUCACGAAAAAAUUCUAGCCCAAAAUGUUCAGCAAAUUCCUAACUCUCAACAAAACAUUCCAAUACCCGCCAAUGCUCAACAGCCCAACGUUGCACAAUUUGUUUCCAACAAUCUACCUAAAGCUUCAGUUCAAAACGAAAACGUACAACCACUAAAUGUCCAGAACAACCAGAAAAAGCAUUAUCACACGGAAGAUGAACCAAAAUCGUAUCGGCAAGGUGAAGAUGCGCAGAACCAAGAUGGCGCUAAUGCUAACAUCAUACAGAACAAUCAAAACGGUAAUUCCAUAGCGAACAACUUCCAAACAAAUGAAAAAAUAGAAAGGCAAGUAAACAAUGAUGAAAAACCAAUUCAUAGAAAGAAAAGAGACGCAAUUGAUUGCACAAAUAAAUCAGCUCUGAAGCCAGAGGACAAAGAAAUAUGUAAACAUGUAAAUAUGCCUGAGUAUAACAUAGGCAAUGUAGAUUUACCCGAAGUAGAUAUGAAUUUACCUAAAAACUUACCACUAUAUGAAAAUUUAAUACACAUCAGAAGGUCUCUCAAAAGUUACGAUGACAAGGAAAAUAGGUAAUUGAAACUCGAAUUUUUAGUUUAAUGUAGCCAAGUUCUGUGUAUUAUUUAUGCAUUUAUUUAUUGUUAUUUAUUUGAGGCUAGAUAACGAAUGAAUUUAAAGAAAUCAGGCGGGGCCUGAUGUUCUAAGAAUAUUACGUAAAAUUAUUUUGUAAAAAGUUGUAAAUUGUAAAAUAUAUUUAUUAUUCACCUAAUGACAUCUAAGAUUUGUUUAAAUUCUUGCGAAAUGAGUAAUUAUUUCAUUUUAAUUUCAAAAUGAAAAUUUUUAAUAUUUAACUUUUUUAUUGGUAUAAUAUUUACCUAAUAAUGAGCAUUGCACGCACAAUUAGAUACGUAAAAUAUUUAAACAUAGUGCUAUUUAAUACAUAAAUUUUCGGAUAGUUUUUUAUGUAAGUUUUCAUCUCGUGCUAUAUGAUAUGUAAUAAAGGUUCUUAGUCUACACGAUGAAAUAAAAGAUUUUGUAUUUUCUGGUUCUGACGAGAACAUCGUUCAAUAAAUGUAAUAAGUACUAAAGUGUAUAGUUCCCGGGUGUGUUGUUAAAUUGAGUGCAACCAACGAAUUAAUACAUACAUACAUACAUAUAAUCACGUCUAUAUCCCUUGCGGGGUAGACAGAGCCUACAGUCUUGUAAAGACUGAUAGGCCACGUUCAGCUAUUUGGCUUUAAGAUAGAAUUGAGAUUCAAAUAGUGACAGGUUGCUAGCCCAUCGCCUAAAAGAAGAAUCCCAAGUUUAUAAGCCUACCCCUUAGUCGGCUUUUACGACAUCCAUGGGAAAGAGAUGGAGUGGUCCUAUUCUUUUUUGUAUUAAUACUUGUAAAAUAAAAGUUUGAUAAAAAUACUUUGUGUAUUAUUCAAUAAUUUCAAAGCGAUUUUGAGUACCGACCCACUAAGUACUUCUGUGGGUAUGGGAGUGCCCCCGAUAAGACGAGCCAAGCGAAGCGCAAGCCUAUAACAUUUUACAUAAAAAUAAUUUGGAGAUAAAUGUUUUUAAGAUUUACCUUAGAAAGAAGCUUUUAUCGUCCAGUAUUCAAUCAAGUUUUAAACGAAGCAGCUAGUCAUUCCAACCAAUUUAUAUUUUAUUAAGUUCUUAUCUCUCACUAAGUACUGAAUAAAAACUCAGAUUUUAUGUUUAACCAAUUUCUAAAUGAAAGGUGCUAAUUAGUGUGUCCGUAUUACACAUGCUAGUUCCUUAAUCCUUACAGCUGAAUGUGUCCUUCAAUCUCUCAAUCAUUCAAGACUCUCUCUGGCUCCGGCUCUGUUUACCCCGUUAGGGAUACAGACGUGAUUAUAUGAAUGAAUGAAUGAGUUAAGGGUUUACCUACCCAAAAAAAAAACGCAAACAUGUAU